AUGACUGGCUUAUGGACAGACUCGUCUAGGCACCACAUAGGGAAACCAGAUGACGCCGGUUUCGAGACAUUUCUGAGCUGCUCACAGAACUCGGCGUUCUCGUCGGAGAUCCAUUUUGCUUCAACCGAAGGGUCGGCUGCCGAAAGUUCUCAGGACUCCGUGACCGGAAGGCGUCGACAUGCCGUCUACUUCCAUCGUCCUCCAGUCUGGCAGUCCAAUCCCAACCCAAGGGUGAGCCCGUCAAUGGCACCCGGCAUCUGCACCCCUUGUCGAUAUAGUGAUGCACAAUCCGACUCAUACUCGUCGAUCCUCGAUCGGGAACAGCAACUAUGUCAGGAAGCCGGAGCUGCGAAUGCAAGUGUCCCAGCGGAUUUAGAUGCCUCUGCGUCGGAGUCGGAUCAGGGGAUCCCUCUACUCGUAAGAUCCCUCAUUUUGGCCAGUGAGAACUGGCACAAUCUGCCUUUGAAGGACAUACGCCCCAGGUCCGAAUUUCAAAAUUUCUCAAAUGCGCACUGGCUAAAUAUCCCACCGUUGCAAGUUUCUUAUCGCCAGGUGAAACCAGGGCUCUGUACGCGUUUGAGAUCCUAUCGAGACAUACGGCUAGGACGGGGGGAGAGGUGGGCCAUCCAAGAAGGGUCACUGGUGAUUUGCAUUGAUCCAUCGCAUACCAUCACUGGCAACAAGUCUCUCCGACCGGAUGAAUUUGAAAUGGUCAAUGGCGAUGUGUACAUUGUUUGUCGCAUUUAUGCGGAUCUGUGGGCGCUCUGUGCCAAAGCAUCUUUUAUGGAUCUGUCUGAGAGCCAUUUUUGCGGAACCACAACUACAGCCCCCUUUCAUCUGGGUUUCAUUCCUCUCUGUGCCGUGACGUUGGCGGCGAACUUCAGUGCUUUUGCCCAACGAAGUUCAAUGUAUUGCGACUGUCACUCCACUGAGACGAGGUAUCCCGGGAAUGGCUUGCCUGUCCUACCCCCGAUGCGCUCGCAUAGUCUCAACGGCAGCAAGCAGGUUUUUCAAGGUGAUAGGGCUCGGGUUGCAUUACCAACAACGGCCUUGACCCCCUUGAAAAGCUCAUAUUUGGAGCACGAUACGGACUUCGUACCCCUAGACUCUACGUUGGAGCAAAUUCUUUCUAGACUAGAAACCCGGAGAGGCUGGUUCGGACGGUGGAGAAGCCACCCAGUGCUUCCAAACAUCUGGAGUAGCAUCAAAUCCUCGGAAAUUUGGAAAUAUCCGCACAAGGGCCAGUGGCACCCUUUACCACGUGCUCCAUGCCCAAAACUAGGGUUGUCCAAGGAUGGAUAUGAACCCCUGCACAAGGCAUCCAGGUCAUUUUCUCCAGCCAGCCAGCUAUUGAAAGAUCUGCUCGGACUCUCUCACUAA